AUGAUCUCUAAUAGAAGUUGGAAAGAUACGUCGUACGUCGCGUCGACCGCGACUAGUCCGUUCAAGCUGGCAUCAAAAAGAUUACUUAUAUUGGGCUUCCACAGCUUCUCUCCAACAGUUUCAUAUCGAGCCAGUAUCAAUAGCUUGUACCAGCGUCGGCAGCGUUCGAGCAUGUCGAACUACGCGCCGCGCGAUUCGCCCACCCUGGGCAGGGGGCAUGGCGCUUCGCCCCCCGGCACGCCGCCCCCGGGCUCCCCGGCGCCCGCGCAGCCCCGGGGCGCCGCCCACUGCGUGGUCAAGCGCUGCGACGACAUCGUCAAGUCGCCAGAAGACCGCAGAGAGUACAGGGGUCUGGUGCUGACGAACAACCUGAAGGUGCUACUGGUCAGCGACCCCACCACCGACAAGUCUGCCGCCGCCAUGGACGUGGAUGUCGGAUACCUAAGCGACCCGGACGACCUGCCCGGGCUGGCGCACUUCUGCGAGCACAUGCUAUUCCUCGGCACCGAGAAGUAUCCAGAGGAGAACAAGUACAAUAAGUUCCUGUCGGAGCACGGCGGCUCCUCAAACGCCUCCACAUCGUCGGACCACACCACCUACUACUUCGACGUGCUUCCCCAACACCUCAGCCAGGCUUUGGACAUCUUCGCCCAGUUCUUCAUCGCGCCCCUCUUCACCGAGUCGGCGACUGGGCGCGAGCUCAGCGCCGUGAAUUCGGAGCACGAGAAGAACGCCUCCCAGGACUCGUGGAGGCUGGACCAGCUCAACAAGAGCACGGCUGACCCGGACCACCCCUAUCACAAGUUCGGCACCGGCAAUAGAGAAACCCUAGAGACUAUCCCGAAGCAGAAAGGCAUAGACGUGAGGCAAGAGCUGCUGAAGUUCCACCAGAAAUGGUACUCCUCAAAUAUCAUGGCCCUGGUGGUCGUCGGAAAAGAGAGCCUGGACGAGCUGGAGGCGCUGGUGGGCCCCCUGUUCGCGGCGGUGGCGGACCGCGGCGUGGUGGCGCCCACGUGGCCCCGCCACCCGUUCCCGUCGGAGCGCUGCCGCAAGCGCGCCUACUGCGUGCCCGUCAAGGACCUGCGCUCGCUCUCCAUCGACUUCCCCAUACCGGACACCAGCAGGGAGCACUACAGGAGCGGGCCAGGCCACUACUUGUCGCACCUUCUGGGUCACGAGGGUCCGGGAAGCCUGCUGUCCGCCCUCAAGGCCAGGGGCUGGUGCAACAGCCUGGCCGGCGGCACGAGGAUUGCGGCUCGCGGGAUCGCCUUCUUCGGGGUGCAGGUUGACCUCACCGAGGAGGGGGUCGACCACGUCGACGAUAUAGUCGGCCUAGUAUUCCAGUACAUCUCGAUGCUGCGCGAGGUGGGCGCCCAGCGCUGGGUGUGGGACGAGCAGCGCGAAUUGUUGUCCACCGACUUCCGCUUCAAGGACGUCCAGGAGCCGCGAAGCCUCGCGGUCUACCACGUGCACCACCUGCUGGAGUUCCCGCCGCAAGACGUGCUGAGCGCCUACUACCUGCUGAGCGAGUGGAGGCCGGACCUCAUCGAGGAGCUGCUCGGCCGCCUGGUGCCCUCCAACGUGCGUCUCGCCAUUUUGGCCAAGAGUUUCGCCGACAAGUGCACGCAAGUCGAGCCCUGGUACGGCACCAAGUACCUGGAGGAGGACAUCGAGGAGGUGAAGCUGAAGGAGUGGGGCAGCGCCCGCCCCAUCGAGGAGCUGCACCUGCCGCCUCGCAACGAGUUCAUCCCCUCCAGCUUCCAGCUGGAGACCUCGCCCGACGAGACCGCCGAGUCCAGGGCCCCGGUGAUGGUCAAGGAUACGCCGUUCAUGCGGGUAUGGUUCAAACGGGACGGCGAGUUCCUUUUGCCGAAGGCGUAUAUCACCCUGGACAUGGUGAGCCCGCUGGCGUACGCGGACCCGACCUGCUGCAACCUGACCUCCGUGCUGGUGCUGCUGCUGCGAGACUCGCUGCAGCAGUUCGCGUACGCGGCCGAGCUGGCCGGCCUGCGCUGGAGCGUGGCCAACGCCAAGUACGGGAUCAACGUGACGGUGGAGGGCUUCGACAACAAGCAGCACGUGCUGUUGGAGAAGAUCAUCGACAGCAUGGUAAACUUCAGGGCCGACCCCAAGAGGUUCGCGAUCAUGAAGGAGAACCACGUGCGCGCGAUAAAGAACUUCGAAGCGGAGCAGCCCUAUCAGCACGCGGUCUACCACCAAGCUCUCUGCCUAUCCGACGUGGUGUGGACCCGAAGCCAACUCUUGGAUGCAGCUAAAGAGAUAACCCUGGAGCAGCUGGACGACUUCGCGGCGAGGAUGUUCAGGAGGGUCCACGUCGAGAGCCUCAUGUUCGGCAACCUGAGCCGCGAGAGGGCGCUCUCAAUCGCCGAGAUGGUCGAGAGCAAGAUGCCGAGAGACGCGAUCCCAUUGCUCGCGCAGCACCUGAUGCUGCCCAGGGAGGUGGAGAUGGAGAAAGGGUCGUGGUACAUGCGGUGCGCGCGCAACGAGGUGCACCGCUCGUCGUGCGCGUCGCUCUACUUCGCGUGCGGGCUGCGCGAGGCGAGGCGCAACGUGACGCUGGAGCUGCUCGCCCAGCUGCUGGCAGAGCCCUGCUUCAGCGUGCUCAGGACCAAGGAGCAACUGGGCUACAUAGUGUUCAGCGGGGUGCGCCGCUCCAACGGCGUGCAGGGGAUGCGGAUCAUCGUGCAGAGCGAUCGCCACCCACGCUACCUGGAGGAGAGGAUCGAGGCCUUCCUGCAGAGCGCCCGGGAGUACCUGGAGGGGAUGUCCCCCGAGGAGUUCCUGAAGCACCGCUCUGCCCUGGCGGCGCAGCGCCUCGAGACGCCCAAGAGGAUGGCCGUGCGCGCGGGACAGAUCUGGAACGAGAUCUCCGCACAGAUGUACAACUUCGACCGGGCGCGGGUGGAGGUGGAGCAGCUGAACACCGUCACCAAGGAGGAGCUGAUCCAGUUCUACAUGAGGCACAUCGGCGCUGGUUCGCCGGAGCGGCAGAAGCUGAGCGUGCACGUGCUCUCCACGGCGGAGGGGGGCGCCGGGGCGGGGGGUGGGGCGGAGGAGGGGGACGGGCAUGAGGAGGAUACCACGCCAGAGGGGGAGGGGACCCAGCCACGGCCGGUGAAGAUCACGGACCUGCUGGAAUUCAAAUCCAGACGGAGGCUGUACCCCCUCGCGGAGCCCUUCCUCAGCAUACCCCGCAAGGGGUCCCACUGCAAGCUG